AUGGUGCAGCACAUGUGGGCCGAGGCGGCCGGGCCUGCGGGCGGCGCCGAGCCGCUGUUUCCGGGCUCCCGACGGAGCCGUAGCGUGUGGGACGCCGUGCGCCUGGAGCUGGGAGUACCCGACAGCUGCCCGGUGGUGCUGCACAGCUUCACGCAGCUCGACCCCGAUCUACCGCGCCUGGAGAGCUCCACACAGGAGAUCGGCGAGGAGCUGGUCAACGGAGUCAUCUACACCAUCUCCCUGCGCAAGGGGCCGGUGCAUCAUGCUGCCAACAAAGGCCAGCGCUGGCUCGGGUAUGAAAAUGAGUCAGCCUUGAACCUGUAUGAGACCUGCAAGGUGCGGGCAGUCAAGGCAGGCACGCUGGAGAAGCUGGUGGAGCACCUGGUGCCUGCCUUCCAGGGCAGUGACCUCUCCUAUGUCACCAUCUUCCUGUGCACCUACCGAGCCUUCGCCACCACCCAACAGGUCCUGGACUUGCUGUUCAAAAGAUACGGAUGCAUCCUCCCAUAUUCCAAUGAGGACGGUGGACCUGAGGACCAACUUAAAAAUGCCAUCUCCUCCAUCCUGGGCACCUGGCUGGACCAGUACUCGGAAGAUUUCUGUCAGCCCCCGGACUUUCCAUGCCUCAAACAGCUGGUGGCCUACGUGCAGCUCAACAUGCCCGGCUCAGACCUGGAGCGCCGUGCUGACCUUCUCCUUGCCCAGCUGGAGCACUUGGAGCCCCCUGAGCCAGAACCAGAAGGUGAGGAGCCCUGACCAGCACACAGGAAGGCUCUCCCCGAGGCUGUCCUAUUGAUGAAAAUUUCUUCUCUUUCGUCUCCAGUGCCAGCUCUGCCUCCAGCUCCAGAGCUAGUGCCAGCUUCCGUACCAGCUCCAGAAAUAGAACCAGCCCUAGCACCAGGUCCAAGUCCGGAGUUAGAGCCAGUGCCAGUUCUAGAGCUAGAGCCUCCUGCAGCUCCAGUUCCAGCUCCAGUUCCAGCUCCACCUUCAUUCCCAGUUUCAGAGCUAGAACCAGCACCAGCCUCAGCACCAGAGCCUUCUUGCCCAUCCCCUGUGACAACAGAGAACGACCUGAGUGAGGAGAAGCCUAACCUCCUCGCUUUCCCUCCAGAGCUGGUGGCAGAGCAGUUUACACUGAUGGAUGCGGAGCUGUUCAAGAAGGUGGUGCCCUAUCACUGUCUGGGUUCCAUCUGGUCCCAGAGGGACAAGAAGGGCAAGGAGCACCUGGCACCUACCAUCCGUGCCACUGUCACCCAGUUUAACAGUGUGGCCAACUGUGUCAUCACUACCUGCCUGGGGGACCGGAACAUGAAGGCCCCGGACAGGGCCAGGGUGGUGGAGCACUGGAUUGAGGUGGCCAGGGAGUGUCGAAUCCUCAAGAACUUCUCAUCUCUCCAUGCUGUCCUUUCUGCUCUACAGAGCAAUUCAAUACACCGACUGAAGAAGACGUGGGAAGAAGUUUCCAGGGAAAGCUUACGAAUCUUUCAAAAGCUGUCUGAGAUCUUCUCAGAUGAGAACAACUACUCACUGAGCCGAGAGCUGCUCAUCAAGGAGGGGACCUCCAAGUUUGCCACCUUGGAGAUGAACCCCAGGAGAGCCCAAAAGCGGCAGAGGGAGUUGGGUGUCAUCCAGGGCACCGUUCCCUACCUUGGCACAUUCCUCACUGACCUGGUGAUGCUGGACACUGCGAUGAAGGAUUAUCUGUAUGGGAGAAUGAUCAACUUCGAGAAGAGGAGGAAGGAAUUCGAGGUGAUCGCCCAGAUCAAGCUGCUCCAGUCAGCCUGCAACAAUUACAGCAUCGCCCCCGAGGAGCACUUUGUGGCCUGGUUCCGAGCCAUGGAACGGCUUAGUGAGACUGAGAGCUACAACCUGUCGUGUGAACUGGAACCCCCAUCUGAGUCAGCCACCAACACUCUCAAGGCCAAGAAGAACACGGCCAUUGUCAAGCGCUGGAGCGACCGCCAGGCUCCCAGCACAGAGCUCAGUACCAGCGGCAGCUGCCACUCCAAGUCCUGUGACCAGCUCAAGUGCGGCCCCUACCUCAGCAGUGGGGACACGGCCGACGUGCUCAGCGUGCACUCUGCUGGCUCCUCCAGCUCCGAUGUAGAAGAAAUCAACAUGAGCUUUGUGCCCGAGUCCCCUGACUGCCAGGAAAAGAAGUUCUGGGAGUCAGCCUCCCAGUCAUCCCCAGAGACCUCCGGCGUCAGUUCAGCCUCCAGUAGUACCUCGUCCUCCUCGGCCUCCACCACACCUGUGGCCUCCACACGCACCCACAAGCGUUCUGUCUCAGGGGUCUGCAACUACAACUCCUCGCUGCCACUCUAUAAUCAGCAGGUGGGCGACUGCUGCAUCAUCCGUGUCAGCCUGGACGUGGACAACGGCAACAUGUACAAGAGCAUCCUGGUGACCAGCCAAGAUAAGGCUCCUACUGUGAUCCGCAAAGCCAUGGACAAACACAACUUGGAUGAGGAUGAGCCAGAUGACUAUGAGCUGGUGCAGAUUAUCUCAGAGGAUCGAAAGCUGAAGAUCCCUGACAAUGCCAAUGUGUUCUACGCCAUGAACUCUACUGCCAACUAUGACUUUGUCCUGAAGAAGCGAACUUUCACCAAGGGGGCAAAGGUCAAGCACGGGGCCAGCUCAACCCUUCCACGCAUGAAACAGAAGGGACUCAAGAUUGCUAAGGGCAUCUUCUAA